AAUAAAAAUCAUUAGCUGGUGCCUGGUUUAGGGUGAAAUUGAUAAUCUCUCAGACUUUGGCACAACUCGUGGGAUGUUCUCUGCAAUGAUGGCCGACGGCAGCUCCUUUUCUCCGGCCGGCGAUGGCUUAUCUCCCAACCACGAUCUCGAAAUCACUAUGCACAGCAUGAGGUAUGGAUUUAUGGGCUUUUAGCUGCCUUACUAGUGAAGUGUGUUUUUUCGUCUCAUCAUAAUGCGAUGACACAUUGAGUAGUUCUCAACAAUGACAACAUUGUCUGUUAACAUUUGAGAAAGAGUAUGCAUUGCAAGAUGGAGGAAGGUUUAGAAAACAGUGAGCAAGUAAUUGGGGAUGAGAUCAGUGACCACGAGGUUGAAAGUGAUGGAAUGUUUGAUAUUGAGGGCAAUGACCUCGAGAAUGAUGGUGACCACAUUCUCAUGAUUGAUAGCAAUGAUCUUGAGAAUACUGCUGAGCAAGUGCUUGAGUUUGAAAGCAGUGGACAUGAUAACAGUGAACACGUGCUCAAAUUUGGAAGCACUGACGAAGGGCAUAACACCAAUCAAAUUUUGGAGAUUCAAAGCAAUGAGCCAGAGAAUUGUACAGAUGGUGAUACAACAAUAUUUCAUGAUCAAGAUGGUGGUACGUCUCAGAAGAAGUCUUAUCUGCCACCAGUCGUGGGCAUGGAAUUUGAAUCCUAUGAAGAUGCUUAUAAUUAUUACAAUUGUUAUGCCAAGGAGCUUGGUUUUGCUAUCAGGGUGAAAUCUUCCUGGACAAAACGGAACAGCAAAGAGAAGCGCGGUGCAGUGCUUUGCUGCAAUUGUGAGGGUUUCAAGACAAUGAAAGAAGCAAGUACUCGAAGAAAGGAAACAAGAAGAGGAUGUUUAGCAAUGAUACGUUUGAGGCUGGUGGAUUCCAACAGAUGGAGGGUGGAUGAAGUUAAACUUGAACAUAACCACCCGUUUGAUCCUGAGAGGGCACAGAACUGCAAAUCACACAAGAAGAUGGAUUCUGUAGCAAAAAGGAAGUUAGAGCCUGCAGUUGGUGUGGAAGUGCGAACAAUCAAAUUGUACCGAUCUCCCACUGUUGAUACAUUGAACUAUGGAAGCUCAAAUGAAAGAGACUUCAGCAACUGUAUUGAUGCCUCCAAGUGCUUGAAAGUUAACAAAGGUGAUUUCCAACUCAUAUGCAAUUUUUUUCCUCGGAUGCAGCUCACAAACCCCAACUUCUUCUAUAUCAUGGAUCUAAAUGAUGAAGGGAAUGUCAGGAAUGUUUUCUGGAUUGAUUCUAGGUCCAGGACUUCAUAUUCAUAUUUUGGUGACGUGGUACUGGUUGACACUACAUGCUUGUCCAAAAGUUAUGAGAUCCCAUUGGUAGUAUUCUUUGGAGUAAACCACCAUGGAGAAGCUCUUUUACUGGGUUGUGGUUUGCUUGUAGAUGAAAGUUUUGAGACGUACAUUUGGGUGCUAAGAGCAUGGCUAACAUGUAUGUCAGGGCGUCCUCCACAGACCAUCAUCACAGACCGCUGCAAGGCCUUGCAAAAUGCAGUAUCUGAGGUUUUCCCUAGGGCUCAUCAUUGCCUUUGCUUGUCACUUGUCAUGCAAAGUAUUGCUGAGACAUUAGGAGAGUUGGAGCAACCAGAACUGUUCUACACUGUACUUAACAGGGUUGUAUAUAAUUCACUAAAAGUUGAUGAAUUUGAAAUUGCCUGGGAGGAAAUGGUUCAACAUUUCGGCAUUAGCAGCCAUGAAUGGCUUCAAAAAUUGUAUGAAGAUCGUGAAAGAUGGGCUCCUGUUUACUUGAAAGAUACAUUCUUUGCUGGAAUGUCUGUCUCUCAGCCAGGUGUGUCCACGAGCCAUUUCUUUGAAGGUUUUGUACAUAAAGAGACCAAUUUGAAAGAAUUCCUUGAUAUUUAUGAAUUGAUACUGCAAAGAAAGCAUCAGAAAGAAGCCCUCGAUGAUCUUGAGUCAAAAGAGUUCAACCCUGUGUUGCGAACUAGAUGCAAUUAUGAAUCACGGCUGUCUGAAAUGUACACAAAAGAAAUAUUCUUGAGCUUCCAAGUUGAGGUGGAAAUGAUGUCUACUUGUUUUAGCGUGUCACAAAUCCACACCAAUGCACCAGUGAUCACAUACAUGAUCAAAGAACAAGACACUGCUGGAGAUACAAGGGAUGCAAGAAACUAUGAAGUUAUGUACGAUAGGGUAGGACAAGAUGUACGGUGCAUGUGCAGUUGUUUCAACUUCAAAGGUUACCUAUGCCGCCAUGCAUUAUGUGUGCUCGACCAUAAUGGCGUAGAGGAAAUACCAAAUCAGUACAUUCUUUCACGGUGGAGAAAGGAUUUCAAACGCCUGUAUUCACCAGACCUUGGCUCCAAUAACAUCGACAUUUCUAACCCUGUGCAGUGGUUCGACCACUUGUAUAGGCGUGCUCUUCAAGUUGUUGAGGAGGGUAUGGCUUCUCAAGAUCAUUAUAUGGUUGCUUGGCAGGCAUUCCAGGAGUCUCUGAAUAAGGUUCGACUUGUUGCAGAUAGACAUGGAUAAGCAUAGUCAAAGAUAUAACAUUUUUCAUCUUUUUAAAAAGAUUAUUCUUGUAUUUGUAUACAGUCAUCACUCAGUUCUACAUACUUUUGUACAGUGCAAUAUUGAAAAUUGUAAUUUAUUCUCUAAGUUAUAGCCAAUAGCAAUUUUAGUUUAAGAC